AUGUUUCUAUGGAGAGCUACUCAUGAGUCUUUACCUACUAACCUCAAUCUCAAGAGGAGGAAAAUUAAGGAAGACCCUUCAUGCCCCAUCUGUAGACAGGAGACAGAGUCUGUUAUGCAUGCAUUAUGGUCAUGUUCUGCAGUAAUGGAUGUAUGGUUUGUCAGCUCUAGAGGACUUCAGAAAAUGAAGGUUGGAUUCAAAUCAUUCGAAGAGGUAGUGGAACAUGUAAUAGCAAUUCUCAGUGAGGAGGAAGUUGAGCUGUUUGCCUGUACAGCUUAUCAUGUGUGGAGGAGAAGAAAUGCCUUUUUGUUUGAAAGAAAGUUUGAGAAUCCAUCUCGGAUAGCCCAAGUAGCUCUUCAAUUGACCAAAGACUUUAAAGAAGCCAAUGACAGGGAGAAAGUGGACUUGAUUCCUGGAAGGCCUAUUGGCUUAACUACCUGGAGUCCUCCACCACUCAACGUAUAUAAAGCAAAUUGGGAUGCCUCAGUUGACCGAGUACAGAGCAGAAUGGGGGUGGGAGUGGUGAUCAGAAACUGGGAAGGAAGUGUAACAGCAACUCUGAGAUCAUCAAGGUGCAUAUUUCUUGAUGCCAAACUUGCAGAAGCAAUGGCUGCACUAAGAGCAGUCCUCUUAUGUAAACAGUUAGGCAUCUCAAGAGUAUUGUUAGAAGGGGAUGCUCUCAAUGUGGUCAACGACAUCAACUCAGAGGCAAAGGACUGGAGCUCAGUAGGACUGAUUAUACAAGACAUCAAGGCUGAACUUCAGAACUUGGAGUAUGGAUCGAUUCUGUUUAUGUCUAGAAACUCAAACUGUAUUGCUCAUUGUUUAGCUAAGGAUGCACUAAAACUCUCUCAGGAGAGCAUAACUAUGGAGGGAAUCCCUCUUUCAAAGUUUGGAACUUUGAAAGCUUUGAAAUCAUUGACAUAUUAA